CUUCCGUAGUUUCAGUCACAUGAAUGGUUUGUUGUGACUGAAAUUCAUCUUGUACAGCAUAUAGCUUAAAUAUAACUGUACUAGCCUAACGUUGAUCAGUUUUGGUGAAAUUGUCCAGUCAAUAUACUGAAUUUCUACUUGUCGUAAUCUUGUAAUGAGGCAGCAGAGCGACUUUCCACUGAGUGAAAGCGUUUCGUUUUUUCUUUCAGUGUGAUGCUACUGACUGCUAACGUCAGUCGCUAAAACACGAAGUCAUGCUUCGAUGGAUUCUUGGAGGUCGGGAGGCUCAAAGUUCAGUGGAGAAAAGCCCUGUGUUGUGCAUCGGAGAGGAACAGCCCAAAAACUGGUUCACUGAGCUGCAGGUGCUGAAAGGACAUUUUGACAUUGUUCGAUUUCUGGUGCAGAUUGAUGACUUCAGGUGUGCCUCAGCAGGAGAUGACGGCCUCGUUUUGGUGUGGAACGUUGAGACGGGUGAGAGGCUUCAGGAGCUGAGGGGCCAUUCCCAGCAAAUCACAGCCAUAACCACCUUCACCUGUAGCAGUGAAGUCACAUCACACACCUCGCUCAUCACCGCCUCCUCAGACCGAAGCCUCAGUCUUUGGGACCCUGAUACAGGUACCAGGGUUCAGACCAUUUCAGAUCUUCAGUCUUCUGUAAAGUGUUUGCUGGUGCUGGAGCGGCUGUGUUUGUGGGUCUCUGGUGGGGAAGAAUUGUGCGUGUGGAACAGAGAUUUUCAGCUGCAGUGUCACAGACAACACAAACAAAGCGAUACUGGAAUAACUGCUUUAAUAGAGCUGCCCAAGAACUCCAUAGGAGCUGCUGUAGAUAAAGAGAUUGUGAUCUACAGGCUGACCGUCUCUGAUUCUUCUGUGUCAGUGGCUGAGAUCCGCUGUCUGUCCGACCACCAGGACCAGAUUCGAGCUCUCAUUAACGUCAAUGAUGAGCUUUUUGCCAGCGGCUCCCAUGCGGGCGAGUUGAUUUUAUGGGAUGCGAUCGAAUGGAACAUCCUGGCCUACGAGCACAUCCUGUGGGAGGAGUCACAAGCCAGCACCCAGAAUGCAAUACGACUAGGUGCCUCAAAACCCAGCGAGAUGUCCAUUCAGCAUCUGACCACCAAUGGAAAGCUCAUCCUUGCGGCUGUGGGCAGCGGCCUCUAUGUGUACAAUGUUCAGACCAAAGCAGUGGUGGCCUACAGGAAGGUUGCUCAUGACUCUAAUGUGCUACACACGAUGCUGCUAUCCGACAGUGAGCUGAUGUCCUGCUCUGAAGAUGGCAGUGUGAGAAUAUGGGAGAUCCAAGACUUGCCUUUGCCUGCUGAGCCAGCCUCUGCAGGGUUCUUUGGGAUGUGGAAUUUUAGCCGGACUAACAAACAGUCUGGUCCUCCAUCAAAGAAGGUCAUGGACAUUCCCAACAUCAGGAUGCUGGAGUUGACAGGAGACCUGAUUGGACACUCAGGAGCAGUCCAGAUGUUUGUGAGCUUCAAGGAGAACGGUUUGGUGACAUGCUCGACGGACCACCUGCUGAUUCUGUGGAAGAACGGAGAACGACAGUCCCAUCUCCGCAGUCUGGCACUUUUCCGGAAACUGGAGGAGAAGGGAGGACUUUGACCUUUAAGCCUUCAAUCACUGCCUUAAAGAAGGAGAGCUGGGAGGUUGUUGCUUGAUGUUGCUCUCAAAUGAUGUGAAUGUUAGUGUAAUGAUUGUUGUUUACAUUUUAUUGUUGGCCUUUUGACUGAAAACAAGUAUUUAAAAUUUUUUUUAAAAACUGACUCAAUACCUUAUCUCAGAAAUGAACAAAUGCUUUUGCUUCCACCCUGGGGUGUUGGAGAGCAGUGACGUUACGGUAAAGUCAGCCAUUUUGUACCAAAUGUUGCCUAUUAUGGGUUACAUGCUAGUAUGUGGUGUGAUGGAAAAAAAUUAGUCAGUUUUUGUUGAACAAGCAGUAACUCUCAAAGUCACGAGACCAUAUGAUGCCGUGCUAUUACCAGCAACACCUGUGUUCCACUGGUAGGUGUGUAUUUCUGAUUUCUCCAUAGACUUCAACCAGAGCAGACUUGCUUUUCGUGUUGGUCAGCAGCCGGGAUGAUUCAACCUAUACGUGGAGGAUCAUCACUGGUGACAUAAGGUGGGUCUGUGGCUACAACCCUGAAUCCAGACAGCAGUUUUCACAGCAGAAGAACUGCAGUCUCUAAUGCUGGAUAAGACUGGACGUAAUUGUUUACUUCAUGUGGUUGUGCACCGUGAAUUUCACAAAGUUCUACUGUAAUAUUCUAAGGUGUUUGAGAAAAAACAUUCAGAGCAAACAAUGUGAACUGCGACUCAAUAGUAUGUGUGUGCGCCAAGUGCCUGUGUGCAUUACAAGAGUGCUGGGAGCAGUGUAUCUUCAUGUUUGGUGUGUGCGGUUCGAUCAACAUGUUCAGAGAGUGUCUAUAUGUAAAAAGCAAAAACAGCACCUCAUUUCUCAUUUCUGUCUUAUGUAGCAGUAUGCCGCUGCCAGUGCUCCUACUAGGACUGUAGUACUUCCUGGAGGUCAUGUUCUGCAACACGCUCCGAAUCUCCACAGUCAAAAAGUCGACCGUUCAGUUUGAAUUUCUUUGAAUUUCUGUGUGGGGAAGUCAAUCUGGUGAGUGGGGCGGGUGGAGAGCGACCACUAUGGUGGCGUGGCCUUAAACCCAGUGCGUAAUCAACACACUGGACGGGCCCAGAGCGCAGCUGGAGCACUCAAAUGUCAUAGCGCCACAGUUUAAGCCUUUUAUGUGGAAUGUUCUCCCUCAGAUGCCUCAGACCGUCUCAGUAGAACUUUCUGUUAAACCUGAGGGGGAAUUCAUGAUGCACAACCAUAUGGAUGUUGAUUAAAAUUGCUGGUCCGUAGCCAAAGAUCCAACUCUUGUAACCAGUCAUGAUCCUUGACUUGAAGGUCGGAUUGUCCCAUCUGCUGAUUGGCAUAGAGUGUAAUGUUUACUUCUCUGCUCCAGUUUAGGAUCCACCUGUGAGUGGUCACAAAAAUGUCUGUGAAAGAAUUUUCUGAUUUUGAUUGCAAAAUGUGAUAUGCAAUCCUGACAGUCAUUGCUUUUAUAUGCUGCAUGCAAUACAAAGAGUAUUCAUAUAAGCAAUUCAAAUAAGCUUAUUCCAUUUGCGUUAUUGUAGAGUUUAAACUCUCUGUGCCAAAAACA